AUGGCACACUACUACGAUGAAGAGCUCAAGAGACCAGAAACGUUCAACUUUGCAACGCAUGUCGUUGACUACUGGGCCAAGGCCCCGCACGAUACAGGAGCUUCCCUAGCCAUGCACUGGAUCUCGCAGGAUCGCAAACAUGAACGAAAGCUGGGAUUUGACCAUUUCAGCCGCCAGAGUCAUAGACUGGCCGUGCUCUUCACUGAGAAGUUGGGCGUGAAGAAAGGCGAGAAAAUGCUGAUCAUUAUGCCUCGGCUACCAGAGUGGUGGGAAAUAGCUACGGCAGGUGUUCGAGCUGGUAUCGUCAUCUGCCCUGCAACAACACUCCUCGUCGACAAGGACAUCGAGUACCGAGUAAACGCCUCUGGAGCAUCAGUUUUCCUGGGCGACAAGGUGGCGGUGCAGAAGCUACUCAAGGUGAAGAGUAAAUGUCCCUCCAUCAAGCACAUCUUUCAGCUCGAUGGCCAGGCACCGCAAGGAGUGGUGUUGUUGAGUGAAGCGUUGAAGGCGAUUCCCGCUGAUGCUAGGUACACUGGACCACAGCCGGCCAUCAAGGAUCCAUCGGUGUUAUACUUCACGUCAGGUACGACAGGCCCGCCGAAAAUGGUCGUCCAUAACCAGAUAUCCUAUCCGCUGGCCCAUACCAUAACUUCGAAGCACUUCCAUCGCCUACAGCCAGGCGACCUCAACUGGGUCCUCACAGAGCAGGGCUGGGCAAAGGCCGGCUGGGCGUUUUUUGGUACCUGGAACUGUGGUGCAGGUCUCUUCAUCCACGAUGAUAGACAGGCGUUCAAUGGGCGGAACACCCUAGACAUGCUGCACGACUACCCAAUCACCACAUUCUGUGCCCCGCCGACUGCGUACAGACAGCUGGUACUUGAUGACAUGAGGAAGCACAUAAGCCACAAUCCUCCAAAAGCACUGAAGCAUUGCACUGGAGCUGGAGAGCCUUUGAACCCAGAGGUGAUUCGCUUGUGGAAAGAGGCAACCGGUCUCGAGAUCUGUGAUGGCUACGGCCAGAGCGAGACUAUGCUCGUCUGUGGCAACUUCAAGGGCAACGAGAUCAGGCCUGGGUCGAUGGGCAAGCCGUCUCCAGGCGUACCUUUGCACGUCGUCGACGAAGAUGGCAAAGAAUCGAAAGAUGACGACGAAGGCGACAUUGCUCUCCUCGUCGAUCUCACCGAAAAGAGCAACUUCUUCGGUUUCUUUGAUGGCUACCUCGACACGGAGGGUAAUUUGGACCGUAAGCUGAAAUCUUCGACUCAAGAAGGCGAAGCAUGGUACUUAACCGGCGAUCGAGCAACGCGCGACAAGGACGGCUACUUCUGGUUCGUUGGUCGCUCUGAUGAUGUGAUCAACUCCUCCGGAUACAGAAUCGGGCCCUUCGAGGUGGAGUCGACCUUAAAGCUGCAUCCUACUGUGGUGGAGAGCGCGGUCGUCUCAUCUCCCGACAAGUCUCGUGGCGAGGUCGUGAAAGCCUUCAUCGUCUUGACAGACGCUGGACGCAAGAAGGAUGAGACCCAGCUAGUGAAGGAACUACAGGACUUUUGCAAAGAGCAUGCAGCACCAUACAAGUAUCCCAGGAAGAUUCGGUUUGUGGAUGCGACGUUCCUGCCGAAGACAAUUAGCGGGAAGAUCCAGAGGAAGAAGUUGAAGCAGAUGGAGUGGUCGAAGGAUGGGCAGGCGAAGCUGUAG